CCUUCCUUUCCCAUCAUGGCUACCGAGAGCCCCUUGGAAACUCUGCAAAGAGAGAUCACCUGCUCCAUCUGCCUGGGCUACUUCAAGGAGCCCGUCUCCAUCGACUGCGGGCACAACUUCUGCCAGGCCUGCAUCACCCAGUGCUGGGGGCGCUCGGACGACGAGAACACCUCGUGCCCCCAGUGCCGGCGGUGGUCGCGGAAGAGGAGCUUCAGGCCCAACCGGGAGCUGGGCAACGUCGUGGAAGUGACCAAGCGGCUGCGGCUGGAGGCGGCCAACGCGCUGGCCGGCCAGAGGCUGUGCGAGAAGCACCAGGAGCCCCUCAAGCUCUUCUGCGAGCAGGACGAGACGCCCGUCUGCGUGAUCUGCCGGGAAUCGCGGGCGCACAAGGCCCACCCCAUGCUGCCCAUAGAGGAGGCGGCGCAGGAUUACAAGAAACGAGUUGCGCUUCAUGUGAAAGCUCUGAAGUUCAGGAGAGAAAAGCUGAAGGAAUCCAAAGAAGACUUGGAAUGCAGAAGCCAAGCUGAUCAGGAUGAUGUACAAACUGAGAAGCAGAAAGUAGAGUCUGAGUUUAAUCAAAUCCAUGAGUUCUUGGAGAAGAUAGAGCGCUUUCUGAUCAUUAUGCUGAAGAAGUUUGAUAAAGAGAUUGUGCAGAGGAGGGAUGGAGCGGCUACCAAGCUCUCAGAGGAGAUUGCGCGUUUGGAUACUUUGAUCACUGAGGUGGAAGAGAAAUGUCAACAAUCGGCGAGUGAAUUCCUGCAGGACAUCAGGAACAUUUUGAACAGGUGUCAGGAUGGACAGCUGCCACAGCUGGUGACAGUUGCUUCCUCUCCAACUGACCUGGAAAAAAAACUUGGGCAUUUUAGUCUGAAAAAUAUUGUUAUCAAGGAAGCACUGGAGAAAUGUCGAGAGACAAUGAUAUUCGAAUUGGCAAAAGCAAGGGCAAUGGAAACAUCAGCCAAGAAAGCAAUCAUAACUUUGGACCCCAACUCAGCUCAUCCCAUCUUUGUGGUGAGUGAAGACCAGAAGAGUGUGAAGCAGGGGACCGUGUUGCAGCAACUGCCUGACACCCCUGAGAGAUUUGAUACCACUGCCAUCCUGCUGGGAUGUGAAAGAUUCACCUCAGGGAUACACUACUGGGAAGUGGAAGUGGGUGAUGGGCAAAACUGGGCUCUUGGAGUCUCCUGGGAGUGUGUUAAGAGGAAGGGAGAUGUCGUGCUUAGCCCUGAGGCGGGGAUCUGGGCUUUGGGGCUCUGUGGAGAUGAAUAUAAGGCUUUUACUUCACCUGAAACGCGUCUCACUCUAGAUGAAGCCCCAGAAAAAAUCCAGGUUUUUCUGCAUUAUGAGAGAGGUUGGGUGGCAUUUUUUGAUGCUGAUUAUAUGUCCCUGAUCUUUAUUUUCCAGUCAGCUAAAUUUCUGGGAGGGAAAAUCUGUCCUUUCUUUAAAGUGUGUAGUCCAACUACAGAGCUUAAAAUAUCAUUUUUCAUUCGAAUUUUACAGAAAUUUACAAGCACCUUAGAAAGCAACCAUACGGCUUUAAGUGCCAAGUGCGGUGGCGCCGUCGCCAUGAGCGGGAUGUCGGCCGAGCAGCUCCUGCAGCAGCGGCUCCUCCGCAGCCGCCUACGGGCCUCGGCGCAGCAGAUGGGCGGCGGCCCCCUGCCCCCUCCGCUGCUGCCGCCGCUCUCCCCGCCGUCUCCUCCCGACUCGCCGCCCCCGGGGACGACGCCGGCCGAGAUCCCCGCUGGACCGCGCUGCCCGAGCGAGACAUGGUGCUCGCUAUGCCGCGUGUACUGCCCGGAGCCCGUGUGCCUGCCUUGCGGGCACAACUUCUGCACGGCCUGCAUCGGGCAGCGCCUGGGAGAGCCCAAGCUCAACAUCUCCUGCCUGGAGUGCGGCGCCACCGCCCGCAAGAGAAACCUCCGGCCUAUCAAGCCGCCGCCGCUGCUGGGCAGUCUCGGGGGGGAGCGAGCCAAGCGACAGAGGCUGGACGCGGCCGCCGGAGUCGGUGGGGCAGCGGGGCCGGCCGUCAUCCCUCCACCGCAGGUAGUAGCGGCGGCAAGUGGAUCAGCUCCGGCGACAGCAGCACCCGCCGCCGCAGCUCCGCCGCCGCCUCUCCCGCUGCUGCCUUCAGUCCAGACCCCACCGACGCUUCCCGCGCCGAAGCCCCCGACGCCGCCUCCCGCGCCGGUCCCGGCGCCCGUGAAAAGGACCGCAGCGCCCUUGCCGCCCACGCCGCCGCCCUAUUCAGCGGGAGACGCCGGCGGAGACGGGAAAGGGAGAGGAGCGGGCGACGCGAGCGGAGGGCGGCUGUGCGACAAGCACCGGGAGGUGCUCCAGUUUUUCUGCGAGGAGGACCAGGCCCCGAUCUGCGCCCAUUGCGAUCGGUCCCAGGAGCACCGCGCUCACACCAUCUUCCACGUCGAGAGGGCGGCCCGAGACUACAGGGAGCAGGUUCGGACACAACUCGAGAUUCUGAAACAGGAGAAGAACUUGCUGUGGAAUCAGAAGCUGAGUGAAGAGAAGAAAAUCCAGGAGUACACAGAAAAGACUCACACCGAGAGACAGGAAAUCAUAUCUGAAUUUGAGCACCUGCACCAGUUUCUGAAAGAUCAGGAACAACGACUACUAACCCGGCUGGAAGAAUUAGAUAAAGAGAUAGAGAAGCGGAAGGAAGAAAGUGCUGCCCGGUUCUCGGAAGAGCUUUCCCGUCUUGGUGAUCUGAUCACUGAGAUGGAGGUGAAAUCUAAACAGCCAGCAAGUGAAUUUUUGCAGGACAUCAAAAACCUCAUGAGCAGGUGUGCAACAGGGCAGUUUCAGCUCCCCGAAGAGGACUCUCCUAACCUGGAAGAGAGACUGGGUGAUUUGUCUCGGAAAAGCACAGCUCUAAAGAAAACGCUGGAUAGAUUUCAAGAUAAUGUGAUUGCAGCCAUAGAGAAAGCAGAAGUUGCAAGAACUGUGAAUGAUAAAGCAGAUGUGACUCUUAAUCCAGAUGUUCCAAGUGCUCUUCUGUCUUUGGACCAAAGAAGCAUGGAAUAUGAAGGGCCCCAGCACAAGUUGCCUGCAUUACAAUACGUCCCUGACACUCCCAAGAGAUUGGAUUCCAGGGCUUUGGUUCUGGGUUGUGAUGGUUUUACCUCUGGGAGAUAUUUUUGGGAGUUAGAAGUGGGUGACGGGGAUUUCUGGGCUGUAGGGGUCACCCGAGAUCCCUCAGGAAAGAAGGGGAUGAUGAACUUCAGCCCAGAGGAGGGGAUUUGGGCUGUGGGGUUGUGGAAAGGCCAACACUGGGCACUCACAUCACCUGUGACUGCUCUAUCUCUGAGCAACCACCCGAAGAGGAUCAGAGUGUCCCUGGACUAUGUAGGGGAGUGUGUGACCUUUACUGAUGGUGACACAGAGGAACUGAUCUUCACAUUCCCGCCAGCCUCUUUCAAUGGAACACGUACUCAGCCUUUAUUGUGGGUGGUGGGCUUCCCAGCUCAGACUGUGUUUCUGAGGCACAUGGGGGUGAAAUACCCGACUGGAGUUCACGAAAUGGACAUCUUGACUCCAUAAAUUUUUUUUAAAAACUUCUUUCCAUGGAUCCAGUGUAGGAGCGGAUCUCCAUCCUGCCAAAGUAGAAAAGUGAAGUUUGGGAGUCAGAUAUUGGCAAGUCUUUUUACCCCUACCCAAUCUAUUGAAACAUAAUGAGGAGGCAGAACGGCUGUCCUUGCACCCAAGGCCUUAUGAGAUGUUGCCCUGAGGCAACAGCACAAGAACUGGGAAGAUUAGAUUUUAGGCCUUUAAAUGUAACAAACACUGUUAAAAUAUCCAUCUUUAAACAAGGGAUCAUCAUCCCUUUCUAGUAGUAGGCUAAAACUUAUUUUGUUUGGAAAAUCUUUUAGCUAUUAAAAUUGAAAUUUUAUCCUCAUUUUGAUCAGUUUGAUUCUUUUUAAUGACUGCAUGCAUUUUAGCUUUAAUACCUUGGGCUUGUGCUCCAUUGAGAGGAGUGGCCUCCAAAUUGACACUUCGUGAAGAAAGCCUUUUGAGUUCCAUGUGGGUGGCACACCCAAGCACAGAGGUGAUUAUUCUGAAUCAAGCGGUUUUCCAGAUAUUCUGAAUAUGGCUGUUUUUGUCUGUGGGUAGCUUUCUACCUCCAGUUGCUAGAACUUUCACAGCUGUAUCUCCUCCCCUGCACCAAUCCAUUCUGAAGUCUUGAAGUUCACUCUUUCUUUUUGUUGGUACCAGAGAUGAAAGGGGGAAAUCUCCGUACCAUAGUCUUAAAAGUGAGUGUUCAAAGAAACCUUCCGAUGAGUCCUUGAAGGUGAAAAAACCCAAAGGAGAAAAACCAUAUCAUGUCCACAAGCUUAUGUGAAGAACCCUCUAAGAAAACCGUUUUGAUGGCUACUUGCUGCAGAAAAAGUGUAUGGCACUUCUAAUGGUCUGCUUGUGAAGUCUUUUCCCUCCCCUUAAUGAGUACUGUCCCUUUGAGAAUGUGUUGUGGUGCUUUGCUGGAUGUAGCAUGUUUUUAGUGUGACUGCGAGCGAGUGUCCCUAGAGUGCCAUGCCUGUCUGUUUUUGUAUAUUACUUAUGAAAUAAAUCCUGCCUUUAAUAAAGUUACCUUUCCAGUAACAGGAAAGUGUGUGUAAAAUGA